CGAUAUGUGAGGCCGACAUGAAAGCGUGGGAGACGAUGAAGUCCCGUGAUCCGAUGCCUUCCAAAUCGGAAAUCGGGUUGUGUCCCCUCCGCUCAGGACACCUCCCUCAUCAUUUCAGUAUCCACCGUCCGAUCUUCACUUGAUCUCUUCUACGGCUAGGUGAGCGCCGUCGGUGCUAUAGCGAAGAAACCUCACGUGCUCACAGGGUCAUUAUCGUCAAUCCGGUGUCGCACCACCGUAACCCGGACCUGCUGGUUUUUACUAGCGUGCGCGUGUACUACUUGCUAAAAUGCACCUCCGCGCGUCUCUCCUACUAUAUAAAUACGCCGACCAGCUACCUCAUCGGCGUCUCCGUCUCUCCCGCUGAGCUUGUAGAACACUGACCGUGUGAAAAUGGCGGCUUGGAUGAAACCCAGCGUGGAUAUGGAAAAGCUCAGCUACGAGAUCUUCUCGAUUCUCGAGACCAAGUUCCUCUUUGGCUGCGAUGAUGCCAAGCUGAUCCCUAUCUCCGGAACCUCACCGGAGACUCCCUCCAAGCCGAGCGGGGGCUCCGGAAAGGUUCGGAUUCUCUCGAUCGACGGUGGUGGAGCUUCUGAUGGUCUCUUCGCAGCUGUUUCCCUUGCGCGGUUGGAAACAUUUCUCUGCCGCCUCUCCGGCGAUCCCUCUGCCCGCAUUGCCGACUUCUUCGAUCUCGCUGCUGGAUCCGGCCCCGGAGGAGUCCUCACUGCUCUCCUUUUCUCCCGCGGCUCCGAUGGCCGUCCUCUCUUCUCCGCGGACGAAGCCCUCGAGUUCCUCGCCGAGAACCAGAGAAAGAUCUCGAAUACCUCAAAGAAAGGAAUAUUCGGGAAGCGGAGUGGAAUAUUCGGGAGGAUCUUCGAGGAUCGGACGGUGAGGGAGGCUUUGAAGCCAAUGCUGAUCCCGUGCCACGAUUUGGAAACCGGCGCCGGGAUGAUGUUCUCUAGGGCUGAUGCGGUGGAGAUGGACGGCUACGAUUUCUUCAUGAGAGACGUGUGCGCUGCCACCUGUGCCGGAGAUCAGGCCAUUGGGAUGAGGUCGGUGGAUGGCCGGAGUAAAAUUUCAGCCGUCGGAGCUGGGGUGGAGAAUCCGACAGCGGCGGCGAUAACACACGUGCUUAAUAACAAACAGGAGUUCCCACGUGCCAACGGGGUCGAAGACCUCCUCGUGCUUUCAUUAGGCGGCGGCCGGCGAGCAUCUCCGCCGUCCAAAGCCAAGCUCGCCAAGAUCGCUGCGGAUGGCGCCGCAGACAUGGUGGACCAAGCUGUAGCAAUGGCAUUCGGGCAUAACAGAGCAAUGAACUACGUACGCAUUGAGGCGAACGGGUUGAAAGCGGGGAAAACACGAGAGGCGAAGGUGGUGGCGGCGGAGGUGGCUUUGACGGAGAGGAACGUAGAGCUUGUGUUGUUCCGGGGGAGCAAGUUAUUGGAGCAGACGAAUGCGGAGAGGUUGGAGCUUUUUGCGGGAGAGUUGAUUAGGGAGCAUGAGAGAAGGAAAUGGAGCACUGAACCAACGGUUCUGAUCAAAUAGAGUCUAUCUGAUGGUGGUGUCUGUGAUUUGAUUU